AUGAGAGUGCGCAGCCUGGGCCUCGACGCGAGACCUCUUGCGCCUCUCAGAUUCCGUCCAGGCACUCGAGCGUCCACCUCCAGACCGAGAUGGCCGAGAUGUCCCACUCGGACCUUUCAAAGCGACAGCAAGCAGCCCGUUCCCGACUUUGCCUUCGCAUUUGAUAUCGACGGCGUCCUGCUCCGGAGCGCCAAACCGAUCGCAUACGCGCCCGAGACGCUGCAAUUCCUCCAAGCGAACACCAUCCCAUUCAUCCUCCUGACGAAUGGCGGCGGAAAGCACGAGUCGGAACGGGUGCAGGACCUCUCAGCGCGGCUGUCGGUGCCGCUGGACACGACGAUGUUUGUGCAGUCGCACACGCCGUUCGCGGAGCUGGUGCACGGCGAAAACGGCUUAAAGAACAAAUGCAUCCUGGUGGUGGGCGGCGAGGGCGGCCGCUGCCGCACCGUGGCGGAGCAGUAUGGCUACACCAACGUGGUGACGCCGGGCGACCUGUUCAUGGCGCAUCCGGAGAUGUGGCCGUUCAGCACGCCGUUCCGGGACAGCUACUACGCCACGUUUGCGCGGCCGCUGCCCAAGCCCAUCAACCCGGCCAGCCCGGACGACAGCCUCAAGAUCGACGCCGUCUUCGUCUACAACGACCCGCGCGACUGGGGGCUGGACCUGCAGAUCGUGCUGGACGUCAUGCUCUCGCACCGCGGCAUCGUCGGCACGUAUUCCGCGUUGAACGGCGACCGCGCCCUGCCCAAUUGCGGCUACCUCCAGGAUGGCCAGCCGCCGCUGUACUUCUCCAACUCGGACCUGCUGUGGGCCGCCGACUACCACCUCUCCCGGCUGGGCCAGGGCGGCUUCCGCGCGGCUCUUGAGGGUGUGUGGCGCGCUCUGACCGAACCCACGGACGCAGAUGCAGACAGAGACACAGACGCAGACGGCGACGGCGACGGCGACGCAACGCCCCCGCCGGAGCUGUACAGAACCAUCAUCGGCAAGCCUUUCCAAGCGACAUACUCGUUCGCUGAGAAGCGGUUGCUGCACCAUCGGGACGCUUUGUUCGCCCGUCGCAGCAGCCACGACACGCCCCUCAGGAGGGUCUACAUGGUCGGCGACAAUCCCGAGAGCGACAUCCGCGGCGCAAACACCUACAAGUCGCCCCAGGGUAUUGAGUGGAUUGGCUUGUUGACCCGAACCGGCGUCUACAAAGACCGUCCUGGCCACCGCCCGUCCUGGGAGCCUAGGGCCAUCGUCGACGACGUUAGAGCCGCGGUGCAGUAUGCUUUGAAGGACAGUCAUUGGCCCCAAUUGCUGCAAUAG